AUGUCUGACCCCGCUGUCUCUCCUGUGAACAAGAGACGACUGGGACAGAGCAGGGUGAAGAGAGUACAUCACACACACACACACACCUGCGUUGUCACUCAGUCACUUAUCCAUCCUCCCUCUUUCCGGUGACUGCACUCAGCAUCCAGCCUGUGAUUGGACAGGUGGCCCUUGCUCUUGCACUGUGUGUGUGUGUGUGUGCGCGAGAGAGAGAGAGCGAGAACAACAACACAAUUAGACCCAACCAAAUCAUGAGAAAACAAAAAGAGAAUUACUUGACACAUUGGAAAGAAUUUACAAAAAAACUGAGCAAACUAGAAUGUUAUUUGGCCCUAAACUGAGAGUACACAGUGGCAGAAUACCUGACCACUUUGACUGACCCAAACUUAAGGAAAGCUUUGACUAUGUACAGACUCAGUGAGCAUAGCCUUGCUAUUGAGAAAGGCCGCUGUAGGCUGACCUGGCUCUCAAGAGAAGACAGGCUAUGUGCACACUGCCCACAAAAUGAGGUGGAAACUGAGCUGCACUUCCUAACCUCCUGCCAAAUGUAUGACCAUAUUAGAGACACAUAUUUCCCUCAGAUUACAGAGAUCCACAAAGAAUUCGAAAACAAAAAACCCAAUUUUGAUAAACUCCCUUAUCUACUGGGUGAAAAACCCCAGUGUGCCAUCAUAGCAGCAAGAUUUGUGACCUGCUGCCACAAGAAAAGGGCAACCAGUGAAGAACAAACGCCAUUGUAAAUACAACCCAUAUUUAUGUUCAUUUAUUUUCCCAUUUGUACUUUAACUAUUUGCACAUUGUUACAACACUGUAUAUAUACAUAAUAUGACAUCAUAAAUGUCUUUAUUCUUUUGUAACUUCUGAGUGUAAUGUUUACUGCUAAUAUUUAUUUCACUUUUGUUUACUGUCUACUUCACUUGCUUUGGCAAUGUUAACUUACGUUUCCCAUGCAGAGAGAGAGAGAGAGAGAGCACUGUUUCCCUGGUGCUGGGUACCAUGACACCAUGCCGUAGUAUGAGGUAAUCUGUGUACUCUGACUGGUGCUCUUAAACUCCCAUUGUGUCAAUAACGUCAUCUGUCUCCCACACACACCAUCUCUGACCCUUAAACCCACAGCACUACAAUCCCACCCUCAGUCUGUCUGUCUGUAAGUACACUCUCAUCUCCAUACUACCCCUUAAGUGACGUGUUUUGCAUUAUAAUAUAAACAUUAUUUUGUCCAACAAAGCCCUACAUCAUGUCCAUACAACAUUUGUAUGUUAAUGUUAAGCUUAUUAUAUGCAUUAUCAGUCAUUGUACCCAACAAUGCAGGGAACUUCAGCUGUAGAAUGGGAAAUCAGGACAGGGUUUAAACCAGGACAGAUCUAAUUAAACAGAGGGUUAGACCAGGUGACCAGCAUAGAUGAGGAGAACUUGACUGCGUUCCAAAUGGCACUCUAUUCCCUAUGUAGUGCACUACUUUUGACCAGGGCCUAUAGAGACUCAAUUGGAACGCACACCAUGUCCCCUCAGGUGACCGGUGUUUGCCACUCCCAUAGAGUGAGGCUUGCUUGGCCUAUAUGGGCCAUGCGAGUCCCAGCAGAGAAGACUGUAGCAGAGGAUGGAGUUAGGGUCAGAGUCUGCAUCUCAAAUGAUUUCUCUUGUCUAGGAGAACACAGACUCCCGCAGCGCAGAGAGACCUUCAGCUAUUUGAACACUCGGGAGAGAAGAGAAAAUCAGCACACCGCUCUGUCCUUUUGUCACACACUCUUGUUUUCAUUAUUCCUUUUCACUCUUCUCUCUCGCUUUCUCUCUCUCUUCUCUCUCUCUCCCCUCUCUCCUUUACACUCCCUCCUCUCUGCAUCUAUCUCUCUCUUUCUCUCUGUCUCUCUCUCUCUCUCUCUCUCGCUGUUGAAUACUGAUCAGCAUGCAUAAACCGUAGCUACCAUUCCUCAACGUUCUUGAUGUGAUUUAUGAAUCAUCACUUUGUUGGGUUCAAGGCACGUAUAAUUGAAUGUUUAGAGAGUGGCAGCGUCUCUCAUAGAGAGGCUAAGGAGGAACAAUUAGACCCCCUUUUUUUUAUUUAACCUUUAUCUAUCGAGGCAACUGGCAAGUCAAUCAAGAGAGAGCAGCACUGAAUAAAUUAAAGUAAUAAAACAACAUAUAUUUACCUGGAGCUAACCCUGCAGAUAGCACCACUGUCACGACUUCCUCCAAAGCUGCCUCUUCUCCUGGUUUGGGCAGGCUUUGGCGUUCGUCAUCACCGGCCUUCUAGCCACUGCCGCUCCUCAUCUCAUCAUUCCAUUUGUUUUGUCUUGUUUAUUACACACACCUGGUUCAUAUACCCGCAUUAGUACUUGUAUAAGUGUUCCCUAUGCCCCCUUGUCCUUGUGUGCAUUGUUUAUUGUGAGGAGAGUGUAGCUUGGUUGAGCUCUGUGUAUUUUGUAUUGCCAGGGUAUUUUUCCCUGUGUGCCUGUUUGGUUCCAGUGCGCCUGUAUUGCGCACUGUACUGUUUGACGCAUUUCUAUGUAACUCUGGAUUCUGGAAUAAAUUCUGUAUUCUGUGAUUUACCCUCCUCCGCCUGACUCCUUCAAAUCACACAUCACAACUACUGGGUGAUCUGAAAAGUCAUAGUCAAUCGAUCAAUAAUAUAAUAAUAAUUUUUGCAAAAUUGUUUAUUUUCAAUUUACAAUCUGUAGAAACAAUGAGAAUAGAAAGGUUCAGAACUUUUGUGAAACAUCACAGCACAGUUGAAAAAUAUAUGGCAAAUAGAAAUCCAAUAUGGAUGGUGUUAAGAGAUAGAUGGGACGGGUUGAAUGGAGCUGAAAGUUGGGACAAAUAGUUCCCACAUAUGCUGAGCACUUGUUGGGUGCUUUUCCUUCACUCUGUGGUCCGACUCAUCCCAAACCAUCUCAAUUUAGUUGAGGUAGGGGGAUUGUGGAAGCCAGGUCAUCUGAUGCAGCACUCCAUCACUCUCCUUCUUGGUAAAAUAGCCCUUACACAGCCUGGAGGUGUGUUGGGUCAUUGUCCUGUUGAAAAACAAAUGAUAGUCCCACUAAGCCAAAACCAGAUGGGAUGGCGUUUUGCUGCAGAAUGCUGUGGUAGCCAUGCUGGUUAAGUGAGCCUUGAAUUCUAAAUAAAUAACAGACACCAGCAAAGCACCCCCACACCAUAACACCUCCUCCUCCAUGCUUUACGGUGGGAAAUACACAUGCGGAGAUCAUCUGUUCACCCCCACCGCGUCUCACAAAGACACAGCGAUUGGAACCAAAAAUCUCCAAAGGACAGAUUUCCACCGGUCUAAUGUUCAUUGCUCAUGUUUCUUGGCCCAAGCAAGUCUCUUCUUCUUAUUGGUGUCCUUUAGUAGUGGUUUCUUAACAGCAAUUUGACCAUGAAGGCCUGAUUCACACAGUCUCCUCUGAACAGUUGAUGUUGAGAUGUGUCUGUUACUUGAACUCUGUGAAGCAUUUAUUUGGGCUGCAAUUUCUGAGGCUGCAAUUUCUGAGGCUGGUAACUCUAAUGAACUUAUCCUCUGCAGCAGAGGUAACUCUGGAUCUUCUAUUCCUGUGGCGGUCCUCAUGAGAGCCAGUUUCAUCAUAGUGCUUGAUGGUUUUUGCGACUGCACUUUAAGAAACUUUCAAAGUUCUUGAAAUGUUCUGUAUUGACUGACCUUCAUGUCUUAAAGUAAUGAUGGACUAUUGUUUUUCUUAUUUCAGCUGUUCUUGCCAUAAUAUGGACUUGGUCUUUUACCAAAUAGGGCUAUCUUCUGUAUACCCCCCCUACCUUGUCACAACACAACUGAUUGGCUCAAACGCAUUAAGAAGGAAAGAAAUUCCACAAAUUAACUUUUAAGAAGGCACACCUGUUAAUUUAAAUGCAUUCCAGGUGACUACCUCAUGAAGCUGGUUGAGAAUGCCAAGAGUGUGCAAAGCUGUCUUAAGGGUGGCUAUUUGAAGAAUCUCAAAUAUAAAAUAUAUUUUGAUUUGUUUAACACUUUGUUGGUUACUACAUGAUUCCAUAUGUGUUAUUUCAUAGUUUUGAUGUCUUCAAUAUUAUUCUACAAUGUAGAAAAUAGUAAAAAAAUAAAGAAAAACCCUUGAAUGAGUAGGUGUUCUAAAACUUUUGACCGGUAGUGUACAAGCAGGAAGUAAAGGCCUAAGGGUUGUUGUUCACUCGUUUACUCCAAUUAGGGGAGGGGUGGUAGGGUUGGAAAGUAAUAAAGGAAUAAAUGUAUGUAUAUGUAUUUAUAUGUAUGUAUGUAUGUGCGUAUGUAUAAAGAGCUGUCAAAGGACACCAGAAACAAAAUUCUAGACCUGAACCAGGCUGGGAAGACUGAAUCUGCAAUAGGUAAGUAGCUUGGUUUGAAGAAAUCAACUGUGGGAGCAAUUAUUAGGAAAUGGAAGACAUAAAAGACCACUGAUAAUCUCCCUCGAUCUGGGGCUCCACGCAAGAUCUCACCCCGUGGGGUCAAAAUGAUCACAAGAACGGUGAGCAAAAAUCCCAGAACCACACGGGGGGACCUAGUGAAUGACCUGCAGAGAGCUGGGACCAAAGUAACAAAGCCUACCAUCAGUAACACACUACGCCGCCAGGGACUCAAAUCCUGCAGUGCCAGACGUGUCCCCCUGCUUAAGCCAGUACAUGUCCAGGCCCGUCUGAAGUUUGCUAGAGUGCAUUUGGAUGAUCCAGAAGAGGAUUGGGAGAAUGUCAUAUGGUCAGAUGAAACCAAAAUAGAACUUUUUGGUAAAAACUCAACUCGUCGUGUUUGGAGGACAAAGAAUGCUGAGUUGCAUCCAAAGAACACCAUACCUACUGUGAAGCAUGGGGGUGGAAACAUCAUGCUUUGGGGCUGUUUUUCUGCAAAGGGACCAGGACGACUGAUCCGUGUAAAGGAAAGAAUGAAUGGGGCCAUGUAUCGUGAGAUUUUGACUGAAAACCUCCUUCCAUUAGCAACGGCAUUGAAGAUGAAACGUGGCUGGGUCAUUCAGCAUGACAAUGAUCCCAAACACACCGCCCGGGCAACGAAGGAGUGGCUUCGUAAGAAGCAUUUCAAGGUCCUGGAGUGGCCUAGCCAGUCUCCAGAUCUCAACCCCAUAGAAAAUCUUUGGAGGGAGUUGAAAGUCCAUGUUGCCCAGCGACAGCCCCAAAACAUCACUACUCUAGAGGAGAUCUGCAUGGAGGAAUGGGCCAAAAGACCAGCAACAGUGUGUGAAAACCUUUGACCAGUGUCAUUGCCAACAAAGGGUAUAAAACAAUUGGAAGUACAUGUCACGCCCUGAACUCCAUGGGACUCUUGUAUUGAGUCCGGGUGUGGAGUUCUAUGUUAGUAUUUCUAUAUUGUAUUCUAGGUUGUGUAGUUCUAUGUUUGGCCGGGUGUGAUUCCCAAUAAGAAGCAGCUGUCGCUCGUUGUCUCUGAUUGGGGAUCAUACUUAGGCAGCCUAUUGGCACUCAUUAGUGGUGGGAUCUUGUUCCGUGUUAGAGGCUUGUUUUGUGUUUAGCCUUAGGACUUCACGGUUCGUUGGUUUGUUGUUUUGUUUUGUGUGUUUAUCAGUGAAAUAAACAUGUAUGCCUUUCACGCUGCGCCUUGGUCUGACCCGUCCUUCAACGUCCGUGACAGAAGAUCCCACCAAACACGGACCAAGCAGCGUGCCCAGGAGCAGACAGCCUGGACAUGGGAGGAGAUCCUGGACGGAAAGGGAUCCUGGACAUGGGAGGAGAUUCAGGCUGGGAUGGAUUGCCGUCCUUGGGAGGAGACAGUGGAGGCCCGGUUUAGAGAAGAGCAACGGCAACACAGAAGGCGCCGGCCGAGGAAGAAGCCCGAGAGACAGCCCCAAGAAAACAUUUUGGGGGGGCUAAAAGGGUGGUCGGGGAUCGAUGGAGAAGAGCCCCGACCACUGCACUCGUGGGGGCUCAGGGAGGAGUCCUCACGGUAGGAGGACUGGGCGAGGAGAGUGAAAGACUGGUACAGUCGGAGAUCUCUAACGUCAGUUCCCAGUCCGGUACACCUUGUGCCUGCGUCUCGCACCAAGCUAGUGGUGCGUGUUCCCAGCACGGCCCGUUCCUGCUCCUCGCACCAAGCCAGUGGUGCGUGUUCCCAGUCCGGCCCGGCCUGUUCCUGCUCCGGUCAGCAGCUCCAGUCCGGAGCCAGAGCAGUCCGCUCCACCGGUGCCCGGUCCAGCUCCGGUCAGCGGCUCCAGUCCAGACCCAGACGUCAGCCCCUCUCCACUCCGGAACCAGAGCAGUCCGCUCCACCGGGGUCCAGUUCAACGUCCGUGACACUACAAUCUAUCUGCAAUAUUAAAGCUGAUCUACCCCCCCCCAAAAAAAAAAUAUCAUAAUAAAACAACAAAUGUGAAGUGUUUUUUUAAAAAAUCCCCUUAGAGGAUAAUUAGACAUUAGCACAUGCUUUUGUUUAUGGCUGGUUUUAUGUGUUUUUUGUUUCUAUUUUGUAACUGUCUUGCUCUUCUGAUAUGGCUCCACUACUAGAUUUCUCUGUUAACUCAAUGCGUGUGAAACUGAAAGUGCUCGUUUACUUUCCUGCCAAUAUACACCAGGUAGUAACCACAGAUGGCCUGAUUUGUUUGUGUGAGUGUGGUGUUUCAUAUAGUGCUGCAUCUUCCAUCUUCUAUACCCCCCCUUUCUUCAUAAGUAUAUACAGGAAUUUCUGUAGCAGACCACUUUGGAAAGCACUGGCCGUUUUGGCACCCAGUCCAUGAGCCAAUAGUUCUUGUUUAGCAAACUGGACAACCUUCACACCAACUCCCUGAUUUAAUGGAUCAAUAACUGACACUGGGUUAAGUCAACUCAAUCCCUUCACUACGCUGAUAUAUCACCAAGUAAAUGAGAAUCGACAAGGAGUGGUGGAAAGAAAGUAGUACCUAACUAAAUUCAACCUUGUAGCCACACCUGUGUGCUGUUUACUGUGGUAAACAACUUCUGUACCUACAGUGGUUUAGCUGUUCAGCGGUUUAACUCUCUCUCUCUCUCUCUCUCUCUCUCCCUCCCUCCCCCUCUCUCCCUCCCUCUCUACAGUGGGUGUUGGCCUUUGAGAUCUUCAUCCCCCUGGUCCUCUUCUUCAUCCUGCUGGGCCUGCGCCAGAAGAAACCUGCUAUUCCCGUCAAGGAAGGUAGGAGCUUCAGAAAAGAGUGUAAAAAUAAAAGAGUAAUAGAAGUGAUGUAAAGUGUCAGUCUGUUUGUUACCAUGCCAACUCCUUGUAACUCAUUGUCCUGCCAAACAUUGUUUGGCAUUAUUAUUACAUUUAUUUGAACAGGGACCUUGUACAACAAAACAUAAGUCUCAGAUGCGUUGUACCAAAUUUAGCCAACAGCUAAUUUCCGUCUGCAGUCCCCGGGCAGGUACAGCAUAAACAAGGAAAACAUUAUUUAUACGAACAGACAACAUACAAACAUCAGACAUAAUUUUUUUUAUAUGUACAUACUGUAAUAAUAAAAAAUACAAAUAAAACACAGGUCAGGACAAACAGAUACUUUUCCACACAGAAGUCAAGACAUUGCACAUAUGAAUCAUCAGACACAUUGCUAUUGGAUCUAUGAGUUGUAAAAACACAGUAAAAAACAGCAACAAAAACAAACAGCAACAAAAAAGCUUAAUAAGUGGCUACAAGCCUGCUGUUCAUUUAACCACUUUUUCAAUUUUUGUGUAAAAGCACUGACACUAGCCACACGUUUACAUUUUCUGGAAGUUGGUUCCAGCGGUGAACAGUUUUUUACAGAAAAUGCAGAUUGAGCAAAAGCUGUUCUACACACUGGAACUACAGUUUCCAUUCACUGCUCCCCUGGUAUUGGACCAUAUACUGUAGAUAGUAAUGUACUCACUUGACUACUUAAGGGUUGUGGAGCAAGUCCAUGUACACAUUUAAAAAGCAGCUUUACAUUUGAACAUUUACAAAAACUUCAAAACUUAACAAAUUGUGUUUCUUGAGAAUUUAACAAUGGUGAUGAAUAUGCGGGUUUCUGAUCAAAAACCUUCAAUGCACGCUUGUACUUGUCAGGGCGUGCUGUAGGUGUAGUGGUGGAAUCAAACGCAGGACUCAGAACGAUAAUCCAAAGACUUGUAUUAAAGCCAAAACCAAGGCAAAAGGACAACUGACCCGAAGGCGAAAAUACGCACGAAGGCGAAAUAGUAACAGCGCACAAACAGGUGCGAAAAUACUCCAGCGCAGUGGAGAGAAGCUCAACCGAGCGAAACACACGACUGACGAAAAUCAAUUACACACAACACUAGACAAACACAACGAGAAACUUAUAGGACACUAAUUACGCCCAAAAUAGAAACAGGUGUGAAAACAAACAGACAAAAGCAAACGAACAUGAAACAUACAACGGUGGCAGCUAGAAUUCCGGAGACGACGAACGCCGAAGCCUGCCCGAACAAGGGAGAGAGGCAGCCUCGGCCGAAACCGUGACAGUACCCCCCCCCUUGACGCGCGGCUCCAGACGUGCGCCGACUCCGGCCUCGGGGACGACCAGGAGGACGCGGAGCAGGGCGCGUCGGAUGCCCCCGAUGGAAUUCCGUCAGGAGCGACGGGUCCAAAAUGUCUCUCCUCGGCACCCAGCACCGCUCCUCCGGACCGUACCCCUCCCACUCCACUAGAUACUGGAGACCCCCCAUCCGACGUCUCGAAUCCAAGAUGGACCUCACGGAGUACGCCGGUGCCCCCUCGAUGUCCAACGGGGGCGGAGGAGUCUCCAAGAUCUCAUUUUCUUGGAGUGGGCCCGCUACCACCGGCCUGAGAAGGGACACAUGGAACGAGGGGUUAAUACACUUAUACUCCACAGGUAGCUGUAAUCUAUAACAUACCUCGUUCAACCUUCUCAGGACUUUAAAUGGCCCUACAAACCGCCGACCCAGUUUCCGACAGGGCAGGCGGAGGGGCAGGUUUCUGGUAGAGAGCCAGACUCGAUCACCAGGUGCGUACACCGGUCCCUCACUGCGGUGGAGAUCAGCGCUCGCCUUCUGACGUCGGAGGGCCCGUUGCAGGUGGACGUGUGCAGCGUUCCACGUCUCCUCCGAGCGCCGCGCCCACUCAUCCACCGCAGGAGCCUCGAUCUGGCUCUGCUGCCAGGGUGCCAGAACCGGCUGGUAACCCAACACACAUUGAAAUGGAGUUAGGUUAGUGGAGGAAUGGCGUAGGGAAUUCUGGGCCAUCUCGGCCCAGGGAACGUACCUUGACCACUCCUCCGGCCGGUCCUGGCAGUAUGUUCUGAGAAACCUACCCACAUCCUGGUUUACGCGUUCCACCUGCCCAUUACUCUCCGGGUGGUACCCCGAGGUGAGGCUCACCGAGACCCCCAACCGCUCCAUAAACGCUCUCCAGACUCUGGAGGUGAAUUGGGGACCCCGAUCAGCCACAAUGUCCUCGGGUACCCCGUAGUGCCGGAACACAUGGGUGAACAGUGCUUCGGCAGUUUGUAGGGCAGUAGGAAGACCCGGCAUGGGGAGCAAACGACAGGCCUUAGAGAACCGGUCCACAACGACCAGGAUAGUAGUAUUCCCUUGGGAGAGGGGAAGGUCUGUUAUAAAGUCCACAGAGAGGUGGGACCAUGGUCGUUGUGGAACGGGCAGGGGUAGCAACUUACCCCUAGGCAGAUGUCUAGGCGCCUUACACUGGGCGCACACCGAGCAGGAGGAAACAUAAACCCUCACAUCCCUUGCCAACGUGGGCCACCAGUACUUGGCACUAAGAUAGUGCACUGUCCGGCCGAUACCCGGAUGUCCAGAGGAGGGUGACGUGUGAGCCCAAUAGAUCAAUCGAUCCCGAACCUCGAGCGGAACGUACUUCCGACCCUCCGGGCACUGUGGUGGACUAGGGUCGGUGCGUAACGCCCGCUCGAGUUCAGUAUCGACCUCCCACACUACCGGUGCCACCAGACACGACUCAGGCAGUAUGGGAGUGGGCUCCACGGACCUCUCCUCCGUGUCAUACCGCCGAGACAGCGCAUCUGCCUUGCCAUUCUGUGACCCAGGGAUGUACGUGAUUUUAAAAGUAAACCUGGUCAAGAACAUACUCCAUCUUGCCUGGCGAGGGUUCAGCCUCCUCGCCGCCCGGAUGUACUCCAGGUUACGGUGGUCCGUCAAAAUGAGGAAAGGGUGUUGAGCCCCCUCAAGCCAGUGCCUCCACACCUUUAGAGCCUGUACCACGGCUAACAGCUCCCGGUCCCCUACGUCAUAGUUCCGCUCCGCCGGACUGAGCUUCUUAGAAUAAAAAGCACAGGGGCGGAGUUUAGGUGGCGCGCCAGACCGUUGUGAAAGCACGGCUCCUAAACUGGCCUCUGACGCGUCCACCUCUACCUGGAACGGCAAAGAGGGAUCCGGAUGCGCCAGCACCGGGGCCGAGGUAAACAGGUCCUUCAGCCUCCCAAACGCCCUGUCCGCCUCGGCCGACCACUGCAGACGCACCGGACCCCCCUUCAACAGAGACGUGAUGGGAGCUGCCACCUGUCCAAAACCCCGGAUAAACCUCCUGUAGUAAUUUGCAAACCCCAAAAACUGCUGCACCUCUUUCACAGUGGUUGGUGUUUGCCAAUUACGCACGGCCGACACCCGGUCUACCUCCAUCUUCACCCCUGACGCAGACAACUGAUAACCCAAAAAGGAGACCGACUCCUGGAAAAACAGACACUUCUCUGCCUUCACAUACAGGUCGUGCUCCACCAGCCUCCGCAACACUCUACGCACCAGGGCCACAUGCUCGACACGGGUAGGCGAGUACACGAGAAUGUCAUCAAUGUACACAACCACCCCCUGCCCCUGCAUGUCCCUGAAGAUCUCAUCCACGAAUGAUUGGAAAACUGACGGAGCGUUCAUCAACCCGUAUGGCAUGACCAGAUACUCGUAAUGGCCCGAGGUGGUACUAAAGGCUGUCUUCCAUUCAUCACCCUCCCUGAUGCGCACCAAGUUGUACGCGCUCCUGAGAUCUAAUUUCGUGAAGAAACGCGCCCCAUGCAACGACUCAGUCAUGGUCGCAAUCAGCAGGAGUGGAUAACUGUACUUCACCGUAAUCUGAUUGAGACCACGGUAAUCGAUGCACGGGCGCAAACCACCAUCCUUUUUCUUCACAAAAAAGAAACUCGAGGACGCAGGGGAAGUGGAAGGCCGUAUGUAUCCUUGUCUCAGAGAUUCGUCUAUGUAAAUCUCCAUAGCUUUCUUCUCCUCCUGAGACAGAGGAUGGCUCCGUGGGAGCGCAGCUCCUGCCUGGAGGUCUAUCGCACAAUCUCCCUGCCUAUGGGGUGGCAACCGCGUCGCCCUCGCCUUACUAAACGCAAUAGCCAAAUCCCCAUACUCAGGGGGAACGUGCAAUGCGGGCACCUGGUUUGGACUCUCCACCGAGGUAGCCCCUACGGAAACGCCCAAACAUCUACCCACACACUGAGCAGACCACUCCAUCAGAGCCCUCUCCUGCCACGAAAUAGCUGGGUUAUGGGUACUCAACCAGGGCAUGCCCAGCACCACCGGAUACGCAGGAGAGUCAAUCAGGAACAGCUGAAUCAUCUCCUGAUGAUCCCCCUGCGCACACAUCCUAAGUGGCGCCGUGACCUCCCUGAUUAAGCCCGUACCCAACGGACGGCUAUCUAGGGCAUGAACGGGGAAAGGAACAUCAACAGGAAUAAGGGGAAUCCCUAACGCUAAACAAAACUUCUUAUCAAUAAAAUUCCCAGCCGCGCCUGAAUCUACCAGCGCCUUAUGCUGGGAAUGAGGUGCUACCUGUGGAAAACGCACAGGCAUACAAAAAUGGGCAACAGUGAGCUCUGGGUGAGUGGGGUGCCUACUCACCUGGAGGGAAUCCCCAGUGCGGAACCUGUCGUCAUCUCCCCUAGGAGGCCAUCCCCAGCACCUAGCCGCGGUGUGUCCUCCCCGACCACAGUUGGUGCAGUGGAUGGACCCCCUAGCCUGCCGACUCCUCCUCUCUCUAGCGCCAGCGCCCCCGAGCUCCAUGGGACACGGCUCGGAGGCGCUGGAGGGUGAAAUGGACGGACCCUCCGCAGGACGUCCGCGGGUAGCCAGUAGGUUAUCCAGCCUGAUGGACAUGUCGACCAGCUGGUCGAAAGAGAGGCUGGUGUCCCUACAAGCCAGCUCCCGACGGACGUCCUCUCGUAGGCUACAUCUGUAUAGAUCGACGAGGGCCCGAUCAUUCCACCCUGCAUCUGCCGCUAGAGUACGGAAUUCGAGAGCGAAUUCCUGGGCACUCCUCCUCCCCUGCCGGAGGAAGACCAGACGCUCCCCCGCCGCUUUCCCCUCCGGGGGAUGGUCAAAACACCGCCCUGAAGCGGCGGGAGAACUCGUCGUAGGUAAUAGUCGCGGCGUCGAUCUUCCUCCACUCCGCGUUGGCCCAUUCCAACGCCUUCCCGGCCAGGCAGGAGAUCAGGGCGGACACGCUCUCAUGCCCCGAAGGUGCCGGGUGCACGGUGGCCAGGUAUAGCUCCACCUGGAGGAGGAAUCCCUGACACCCAGCCGCGGUUCCGUCGUAGGCCCUCGGGAGAGAGAGUCGGACUCCUCGAGGUUCCGGCGCUGGAAUGGGCGGACUGGCCGAUGGUGCUGGCAGGGAGGGAGGCGGUGGAGGCGUACCCCAGCCUCGGAGGGUGGUGAUCACCUCCUGCAGGGCGGUCCCCAUCUGCAGGAUCUGGUCCUGUUGUUCCCGAACCUGGGCCUCCAGUCUCGUCUGUCCUGCUUCGGCUCCUGCUGAUUCCAUGGUAGGUGUGUAAUUCUGUCAGGGCGUGCUGUAGGUGUAGUGGUGGAAUCAAACGCAGGACUCAGAACGAUAAUCCAAAGACUUGUAUUAAAGCCAAAACCAAGGCAAAAGGACAACUGACCCGAAGGCGAAAAUACGCACGAAGGCGAAAUAGUAACAGCGCACAAACAGGUGCGAAAAUACUCCAGCGCAGUGGAGAGAAGCUCAACCGAGCGAAACACACGACUGACGAAAAUCAAUUACACACAACACUAGACAAACACAACGAGAAACUUAUAGGACACUAAUUACGCCCAAAAUAGAAACAGGUGUGAAAACAAACAGACAAAAGCAAACGAACAUGAAACAUACAACGGUGGCAGCUAGAAUUCCGGAGACGACGAACGCCGAAGCCUGCCCGAACAAGGGAGAGAGGCAGCCUCGGCCGAAACCGUGACAGUACUGAGAUUUGCAAUGUUUUGAUUGGCCUUUUUUUCCUGCUUGUGACAAACUUGCAAUGCAAUAGGACCUUAGCAGCAUUAGUGUUAAGACAGUUUCUUAUACAGUGCCUUCAGAAAGUAUUCAUACCCCUUGAUUUAUUCCACAUUUUGUUGUGUUACAGCCUGAAUUCAAAAUGGAUUAAAUAGUAGUUUUUUUCUCACCCAUUUUCACACAAUACCCCAUAAUGACAAAGUGAAAACAUGUUUUUAGACAUUUUAGCAAAUUGAUAGAAAAUGAAAUACAUAAAUAUCUAAUUUACUUAAGUAUUCACACCCCUGAGUCAAUACUUUGUAAAAGCACCUUUGGUAGCGAUUACAGCGAUUAGAGCUUUCCACGCCUGGAUUGUGCAACAGUUGCGCAUUAUUCUUAAAAAAAUUAUUCAAGCUCUGUCAAAUUGGUUGUUGAUCAUUGCUAGACAACCAUUUUCAGGUCUUGCCACUCAGGAACAUUCAGGAAAAUUCACUGUCUUUUUGGUAAGCAACUACAGUGUAGAUUUGGCCUUGUGUUUUAGGCUAUUGUCCUGCUGAAAUGUGAAUUAAUCUCCCAGUGUCUGGUGGAAAGCAUACUGAACCGGGUUUUCCUCUAGGCUUUUGCAUGUGUUUAGCUCCAUUCAGUUAAUUUUUUAUCCUGAAAAACUCCCCAGUCCUUAACAAUUACAAGCAUACCCAUAACAUGAUACAGCCAUCACUAUGUUUGAAAAUAUGGAGAGUGAUACUCAGUAAUGUGUUGUAUUGGAUUUGCCCCAAACAUACAGUGUAUUCGGAAAGUAUUCAGACCCCAUGACUUUUUACACAUUUUGUUACGUUACAGCCUUAUUCUAAAAUGGAUUAAAUUGUUUUUUUCCUCAUCAAUCUACACACAAUACCCCAUAAUAACAAAGUAAAAACAGGUUUCUUGACAUUUUUGCAAAUGUAUUAAAAAUAAAAAAACGGAAAUAUCACAUUUGCAUAAGGAUUCAGAUGCUUUACUCAGUACUUUGUUGAAGCCCCUUUUGGCAGCGAUUACAGCCUCAAGUCUUCUUGGGUAUGACGCUACAAGCUUGGCACACCUGUAUUUGGAGAGUUUCUCCCAUUCUACUCAGCAGAUCCUCUCAAGCUCUGUCAGGUUGGAUGGGAAGCGUCGCUGCACAGCUAUUUUCAGGUCUCCCUAGAGAUGUUAGAUCGGGUUCAAGCCCGGGCUAUGGCUGGGCCACUCAAAGACAUUCAGAGACUGAAGCCACUCCUGCAUUGUCUUGGCUGUGUGCUUAGGGUCGUUGUCCGAUUGGAAGGUGAACCUUCGCCCCAGUCUGAGGUCCUGAGCACUCUGGAGCAGUUUUUCAUCAAGGAUCUCUCUCUCUGUUCAUCUUUACCUCGAUCGUGACUAGUCUUCCAGUCCCUGCAGCUGAAAAACAUCCCCAAUGCAUGAUGCUGCUCCACCGUGCUUCACCGUAGGGAUGGUGCCAGGUUUCCUCCAGACGUGAUGCUUGGCAUUCAGGCCAAAGAGUUCAAUCUUGGUUUCAUCAGACCAGAGAAUCUUGUUUCUCAUGGUCUGAGAGUCCUUUAGGUGCCUUUUGGCAAACUCCAAGUGGGCUGUCAUGUGCCUUUUACAGAGGAGUGGCUUCCGUCUGGCCACUCUACCAUAAAGGCCUGAUUGGUGGAGUGCUGCAGAGAUGGUUCCAGAGUGGCGCAGUGGUCUAAGGCAUUGCAUCUCAGUGCUUGAGGCGUCACUACAGACCCCCUGAUUGGGAGUCCCAUAGAGCGGCGCACACAAUUGGCCCAGCGUCGUCCGGGUUUGGCCGGUGUAGGCCGUCAUUGUAAAUAAGAAUUUGUUCUUAACUGACUUGCCUAGUUAAAUAAAAAUUUUUUAAAUGGUUGUCCUUCUGGAAGGUUCUCCCAUCUCCACAGAGGAACUCUAGAGCUCUGUCAGAAUGACUAUCUCCCUGACCAAGGCCCUUCUCCCCCGAUUGCUCAGUUUGGCUGGGCGGCCAGCUCUAGGAAUAGUCUUGGUGGUUCCAAACUUCUUCAUUUGAAGAGUGAUGGAGGCCACUGUGUUCUUGGGGACCUUCAAUGCUGCAGAAAUUUUUUGGUACCCUUCCCCAGAUCUGUGCAUCGACACAAUCCGGUCUCGGAGCUCUACGAACAAAUCCUUAAACCUCAUGGCUUGGUUUUCGCACUGUCAACUGUGGGACCUUAUAUAGACAGGUGUGUGCCUUUCCAAAUCCUUUCCAAUCAAUUGAAUUUACCACAGGUGGACUCCAAACAAGUUGUAGAAACAUCUCAAGGAUGAUCAAUGGAACAGGAUGCACCUGAGCUCAAUUUUGAGUCUCAUAGCAAGGGGUCUGAAUACUUACUGUCAACUGUGGGACCUUAUAUAGACAGGUGUUUGCCUUUCCAAAUCCUUUCCAAUCAAUUUUAUUUUUAAUACAUUUGCAAAGAUUUCUAAAAACCUUUUUUCUCUUUGUCAUUAUGGGGUAUUGUGUGUAGUAGAAAAAGCCAGCAGCGUUGCAGUUCUUGACACAAACCGGUGCGCCUGGCACCUACUACCAUACCCCGUUCAAAGGCACUUAAAUAUUUUGUCUUGCCCAUUCACCCUCUGAAUGGCACACAUACACAAUCCAUGUCUCAGUUGUCUCAAGGCUUAGAAAUCCUUCUUUAACAUGUCUCCUCCUCUUCAUCUACACUGAUUGAAGUGCAUUUAACAAGUGACAUCAAUACGGGAUCAUAGCUGGAUUCACCUGGUCAGUCUAUGUCAUGGAAAGAGCAGGUGUUGUUAAUGUUUUGUAUACUGCGUGUAGGUCUAUAAUUAUUGACCAUAAAACAAUCUCCAGACUUGAAUAUGGGGGUAACGACAACUGACCAGGACAGCAAUGGAUUUGGCAAAAUCACAAAGUGAUCUGGGACCAGGUUAAUGCAGAAGGAGAUGAGAGGAGGCGAGGACGCAGAGGGUUGAGGAGUAAUGGUGGUUGGUGGUUGGUUAAUUACUGUGCUGUGCAUACGUGGUAAUCUCUCAUGCUUAGCCUACUAUUGCCUCCCAGUGGGGAAGUGGUCCACUUAAGUGAUACUGCCAGAGAAGCCGGUGUUUGGAGGAUAUAUUUGUCAAGGGCCGUUAAACCGUGCCAAUAUAUCCUCCAAACACCGGCUUCGAGGACAUUAUCACUUUUAUACAACAGGUAACCAACAUAUUCGUUCUAAAUGUUCCAUUGCCAUACUGGCUGGCAACGUUCUUAUCCCUUGCUUGCUAGCUAGCUAACUACAGCUAACUUACAGUCACGUCAAAGAGUGCAGCCAGAAUAACAGCAAAGUAGCUGCAUUUGCAUUUGCUUAAGCUGUUUUCUAGUGACAUUUUUUUGGAUACAUCCAUAACAAUGAGCAAAUGAGGCGCAAUUUCGCCUGGCAUAGAAAAUGUGCUCACUCAUCAGGACACUGUUGUUCAGAGGAGCUGGCCAACAACACAGCUACAGUAACACAAUCAAUUCAAACUGAAGCUGGAAAGACUGCAAAUUAGCUGCGUUUCAUUUUACCUGUUUUUAAUUUACAUUUUUUUGUAUAUAUCCAUAAAAAUUAUGUCAGCUGAUUCAUGAUUUCGACUAGCUGAGAAACAAUGCCUGCCUCUCUAUCUCAUCCCGACUCCCGACACGUUCAUCACUAUGGGACAACUGGAGAUCGAAUUUCAAUAUUGAAACAAUGUUGCAAAUGUCAGAGAGACAGACAGCAAGGUUUACGCUGUUGAAAACGAAAUGUUAGUCUAAAAGAAAUGUGAGUUAAUGUCUAGAUGCUUUUUAUAGUGGAGAUCAAGUUUAUAAAGUGCCUGGCUGGGCUGAUGAGACAGUGGAUUGCGCAGUCAGAUGGAACAGAGUAAAUAGGCAUUUUAACGUCAUAGAUUUAGCCGGUGGCAACUUGUGGAAUAGACACCGGCUGGAAUGCGGUUUUAACCAAUCAGCAUUCAGGAUUAGACCCACCCAUUGUAUAACAGUUCAAACACAACACAUUCAUCUAACCAUACUUUCAUUGACAGUCCCACUGUACAGUUCUAGAAGAAAAUGAACAGUGCUGUAGUCUACAAAGCUCCAUAGGUACAGAUGUAGAUACAGACGCAUAGUGGCCUAAAUAUAGAAUGUAUGCGUCUCAAAUGGCACUGUAUUCCCUAUAUAGUGCACUACUGGUCAAAAGUAGUGCACUAUAUAGGGAAUAGGGUGCCAUUUGAGACACAGCUUAUGUGUGUUGUUUUGAAUAGCCACCUAUUUCUGUUCAGUUGUAGAAGGCAAACAUUAGCUUUGCUAAUCUGCUAGUGAAGGGCUGGUUGCAAAGACACUGCUGUCUAGUCGUGUUGUCAUUCAUAGUACUGUUAGUCAUGUUUAGUUAUGUUAGUUUGUGUCAUUGUCCACAGACAUCCACACCUGUUUUAUUUACAUGUUUUUUUUUCUCUUUUACUCUAUGGCCCUCUACUCUUUCUUUCUCUCUCUCUCUGUCUCCCUCUCUCUCUGUCUUCUUUCUCUGUACUCUACUCCCCUUCUCUGCUCCCCUUCUCUGCAUGACGCAUGUUCUCUGCAUGCUGGAGCAGUCUGUAAGUGUCAAAGUUAUCUUUAUUAUUGUGACUCUGACUGACUAAUCUAUGGUUAUAUUUACCUUGACUCUGACUCGGGUCUCCUAAUACAGCCCUGUCUAGGAUGUGGGACAGGUGUGUGUGUGUGUGUAUAUGGGGUAGCCUAGCGUUUAAAAGCCUUGGGCCAGUAAUCGAAAGGUCGCUGGUUUGAAUCUCUGAGCAGACUAGGUGAAGAAUCUGUGAAUGUGCCCCUGAGCAAGGCACUUAACCCUAAUUGCUCCUGUAAGUCGCUCUGGAUAACAGCGUCUGUUAAAGAACUAAAAUGUAAAAUGGCUCUUUGUUGUCAGCACCGUACUGAGUCGCAGGCAUCCCAAAUGGCACCCUAUUCACUUUAUAGUGCACUAGUUUUGACCAGGACAGUGCAUUAUAUAGGGAAUAGGGUGCCAUUUGGGACGUAGUCUCAGUGACUGGGGUGGGAUCUGUCUACAAUGUCAUCUCCAGCCAACAGAUCCUAUUUCACACAUCUGACUAACACUAAAGAGCUUUGUGCCUAGGUUAGCGCUGUAAGGCACACACUGGUACCCUGCCACAUAUACACACAAACACACACAUACACACACGCAGGUGCACACCCACCGGCUCAAGUGUAUAGGGAGCGAAUACGAAGUGUUAUCUGUGACUGCACUCACACAUUCACGACGACAAAUAAAAUCACUGGGCUGUCCGUGUGAAAAUAAUAUUCCUUCAUAGGGAUGUGGGAAUCAGUAUGGGUGUCUAUGUUUCUGUGUUUCUGUGGAAACCAAUUACUGGUAGCAACAUAUACAGUGCCUUGCAAAAGUAUUCAUUCCCCUUGGCGUUUUUCUUAUUUUGUUGCAUUACAACCUGUAAUUUAAAUGGAUUUUUAUUUGGAUUUCAUGUAAUGGACAUACACAAAAUAGUCCAAAUUGGUGAAGUGAAAGGAAAAAAAUUACUUGUUUCAAAAAAAGCUAAAAAAUAAAUAACGGAAAAGUGGUGCGUGCAUAUGUAUUCACCCCCUUUGCUAUGAAGCCCCUAAAUAAAAAAAAUAGGAAAAAUGCCAAGGGGGGUGAAUACAUUCGCAAGCCACUGUAGUACAUUAUGUAUACAUAACAUACCUGUACCAUACAUCUGGCUGGAAGUAGCUCUAACUGACUGACACUUGAUCUACUUUUCUGCUGGUUUACUGAUCUAUUAAACCAUUGACUUUGAUGAUCUUGUGUCCGUUUAUCCAGAGUUCAGUGUGUGAAGGGGGACCAGAUGUCAGGUCUGAACUGGGAUGUAAUUUGGGAGAUAUGACUGUUUGCGUCCCAAAUGGUACCCGAUUUCGUAUUUAGUGCACUACUUUUGACCAGAGCACUAUUAGCCCUGGUCAAAAAUAGUGCACUAUAUAGGGAAUAGGAUGACAUUUCAAAUAAAAUAAAAUACAAAUCGUCACAUACACAGUUUACAGCAGGUAUAAAAGGUGCAGUGAAAUGCUUAUGUGCCAGCUCCUUCAAUGCAGAACAAUAAUCAAUAUCAAUAAAAACAAUACAAGUAGUCAAGGUCAAAAAUACUGUAGCAAGUAAUAAAAGAGAAAGUAUGCAUAGUAAUAAUAGACUGUAUUUACUAAUAUAAAGUUGGUAGUGUCUUGGUCGCGCCGUAGAAUACAUUAUAUAUAAUAGAAAAGUAGUCACAUGCUUCGUAAACAACAGGUGUGGACUAGCAGUGAAACGCUUACUUACGGGCCCUUCCCAACAAGGCAGAGAGAAAGAAAAUAGAGAAAUAAUAUAAAUAUAAUAACACGUAAUAAUAAAAGUAUUAAUAAAUACACAAUGAGUAAAAAUACCUUGGCUAUAUACACGGGGUACCAGUACUGAGUCAAUGUGCAGGGUUACGAGGUAAUUGAGGUGGAUACAGUGGGGGGAAAAAGUAUUUAGUCAGCCACCAAUUGUGCAAGUUCUCCCACUUAAAAAGAUGAGAGAGGCCUGUAAUUUUCAUCAUAGGUACACGUCAACUAUGACAGACAAAAUGAGGGAAAAAAAUCCAGAAAAUCACAUUGUAGGAUUUUUAAUGAAUUUAUUUGCAAAUUAUGGUGGAAAAUAAGUAUUUGGUCAAUAACAAAAGUUUCUCAAUAUUUUGUUAUAUACCCUUUGUUGGCAAUGACACAGGUCAAACGUUUUCUGUAAGUCUUCACAAGGUUUUCACACACUGUUGCUGGUAUUUUGGUCCAUUCCUCCAUGCAGAUCUCCUCUAGAGCAGUGAUGUUUUGGGGUGUCGCUGGGCAACACAGACUUUCAACUCCCUCCAAAGAUUUUCUAUGGGGUUGAGAUCUCCAGGACCUUGAAAUGCUUCUUACGAAGCCACUCCUUCGUUGCCCGGGCGGUGUGUUUGGGAUCAUUGUCAUGCUGAAAGAUUGUAGGAUUUUUGCUCACCGUUCUUGUGAUCAUUUUGACCCCAUGGGGUGAGAUCUUGCGUGGAGCCCCAGAUCGAGGGAGAUUAUCAGUGGUCUUGUAUGUCUUCCAUUUCCUAAUAAUUGCUCCCACAGUUGAUUUCUUCAAACCAAGCUGCUUACCUAUUGCAGAUUCAGUCUUCCCAGCCUGGUGCAGGUCUAUAAUUUUGUUUCUGGUGUCCUUUGACAGCUCUUUGGUCUUGGCCAUAGUGGAGUUUGGAGUGUGACUGUUUGAGGUUGUGGACAGGUGACUUUUAUACUGAUAACAAGUUCAAACAGGUGUUUGUAGGUGACCAAAUACUUAUUUUCCACCAUAAUUUGCAAAUAAAUUCAUUAAAAAUCCUACAAUGUGAUUUUCUGGAUUUUUUUUCCUCAUUUUGUCUGUCAUAGUUGACAUGUACCUAUGAUGAAAAUUACAGGCCACUCUCAUCUUUUUAAGUGGGAGAACUUGCACAAUUGGUGGCUGACUAAAUACUUAGGCGUUGUCGUGCACUCUUCAGGACUGUGUUGGUGUGUGUGGACCAUGAUAGAUCCUUAGUGAUAUGGACACUGAGGAACUUUAAGCUCUCGACCCGCUCCACUACAGCCCUGUCGAUGUGAAUGGGGGCGUGCUUGGCCCUCCUUACAGCACAGUACAAUGCAUACAGGUUUUGUAAGUGUAGGUCUUUGUAAUCCCUGUGGGAAUUGAACCCACAACCUUGGAUUUUGCUUGUGUUCUGCUCUUACCAACUAAGCAACACAGGACUUCAAUUCCAGCCAUGCAGUUAUCAAGGAACAUUCAGUUUCAGAAACAACUUUUUGACAGGCAUGUUCUGUGGUUUGACAUCUUUAUAGUCUACUGUGCCAUGGGUUACUAAUGCCUGGAAGGAGAAGCAGCAUGAUCCCUGUGUGUGUGUACGUGUGUGUGCGAGCGUGUGUGUGUGUGUGUGUGUGUGUGUGUGUGUGUGUGUGUGUGUGUGUGUGUGUAUGUGUGCGUGCGUGUGUGUGUCUGUGUGUGUGUGUAAGGGUUGGAUGUGUAUAGAGUCAGUGCAAAUAGUCUCUAAGGUGCAGGUCUGUGCAUGGUAGACUGGUAGGGUUAGCUGUUCAGCAGUCUGAUGGCCUGGUGGUAGAAGCUGUCUCGGAGCCUGUUGGUCCGAGACCCGAUGCACCAAUACCGCUUGCCAGAUGGUAACAGAGUGAACAGUCCGUGGCUCUGGUGACUGGAGUCCUUGGCGAUCUUCUGGGCCUUCCUCAAAGACCGCCUGUUGUAGAUGUCCUGGAGGGCAGAGAGCUCACCCCCAGUGAUGUAUUGGGCCAUCCUCACCACCCUAUGUAGAGCCUUCCGGUUGAGGGCGGUGAUGCAGCCGGUCAAGAUGCUCUCGAUUGUGUAGCUGUAUAACUUCUUGAGGAUCCGAGGGCACAUGCCAAAUUUCUUCAGUCGCCAGAGGUUGAAGAGGCGCUAUUGCGCCUUCUUCACCACGGUAGUGGUAUGGUUGGUCCAGGUCAGGUCCUCUGUGAUGUGCACGCUUAGUAACUUGAAGCUUUUGACCCUCUCCACUGCAUACCCGUCGAUGACAAUAGGGGCGUGCCCCCCCUUUCUUUUAGUCCACGGUCAGCUCCUUGGUUUUGCUGACGUUGAGGGAGAGGCUGUUCUCCUCUAACCUCCUCCCUGGCAGAGUGGUGCCAGGAAACAUUUGGGAUGACUGUCAUCUUCAAAAGGCUGCCAUCACUAGAGAGUCUGUCACUGUAACACUUAACAUGACAGAUAUUACUCAGCAGCUCUGAAUACUAGUUGCCUUUAGGCACAGAUCUGGGAUCAGUCUACCCUCUCCAAACCUUACAUUAACCAUCAGAGGUGGGAAACCCAAAACAAACUGACCUUAGACCAGUGUCUCUAGGGGCAGCUUCAUCCUAGACCAUCAUGAGAAGUGCUCACAUAAGGACUCCUUCAUCUGGAAUUGGCUCAGAAGUGGGUGUUUCUAACUUUUAUAGGUUAUUCAAUAAGACAGUAAUAGCACCAGAGUAAGUGUCAGCAGUUUAGCCUCAGAUUGUAUUAGGAUAAAGCAACGUUGGUGAGAUGGAUAGAUUUUUUAUAAUCAAAGGGGGUAAUUCAUUUUUAUACCCGAGUCAUUAUAUGAACAAAAAAGCUGCAAAAUAUCACUGCACAUUAAGAACAAUCAGACAAAACUGCAUUAACAUCAGAACACUAGUUGAUCCGUUUAAUCAUGUAUAGAUGUAGAUCACAAACAGCUUUUAGGAAUAUCCUUAAUAGGUAGCGCUCUACAAUGCCAAUCAAGGCAACCGUUAUAUCAAACAAUACAUUCUCAAAGUGACCUAUUUGUUGAUAGCUAGGAUAUGCAUAGUUAGGAUGCUUAUUGUUUUAUCCAAAGGGAUGCAUAACAGUGUAAUAUGAGGGAUGAAUGGAUGUAUCAUUGAAGAGAAUAGAGAGUGUUGUUGCCAGGCGGAUGGAUGGAGCUGCUGCUGCUGAGAGAGAAGGUUUGAGAAAAACUCCCCACGGUAGUCAUGGAAACAUGGGCCAUUCCAUUGUACAGUAUUAUUAUAUUUAACCUAUAUUUUAUCAGGGAGUCAUACUGAGACAAGGUCUCUUUUACAGAUGAGCCCUGAAUUACAGAAAUUACAGAAAAACACAAAUCAAAAUAUAAAUACAAAAUGCAAGCAGAAAGAAAAACACGGUCAUAAGAAAACACAUUCAUCAGUAAUAAGGUCCUCAAUCAGCUUUCUGAAUUGCCUUAGAGGUACCAGAACAUCAAAUUUAAGAACAUUUUGAAGAUUGUUCCACAAAUAAGGUGCAAGAAAACUAAAAGCUGAUUUACCUAACUCAGUAGAGACCCAAGGAAUUUCCAGAGUUAGCCAUCCCUGAUGCCGGGUGUGGUAACUCAUAUGUCUGAAGUUUAGUAAUGAUUUUAGGUACAGUGGGACUUUUUGUAAAAGAGCUUUAUCAAUACUAAUUUCAGAUCAAUAAAGUUUUUCUUUAGUACAAUGAAGGCAGACAAUAGCGUACACAACAGUAUCAUCGGCAUACAAGUGCAGGUAAAGCAUUUUUUACAGACAUCAAUAUUCUUAAUGUAAACAGUAAAAAGUACAGGACCCAGAAUCGACCCCUGCGGCUUGGUGAAAGUGUGUCCAGCAGCAGUCACGAUUUAUGAGCGGAUUAGAAACCAGAGCACCAUUUCGUUGAGACAGAAUGAUGACAUUAUGUCUGAGAAUUCAACCCUGACAUCUUGGUCCUUCUCCUCUCUGGCUACUGACUGUGUGUUAUCUGUGAUCUGGGUUUUUUCUUUCUUUCUAACCACCUCUCUCUUUUUCUCUUUCCUCAUUUCCAUACUUUUUGGGGUUCGGUCUUUCCAUUGAAACCUUCCAACCUCCUCCCAACCAAUCCUUCCUUGCUUUUCCUGUGAAUCAUGUCUCUUUGUCCUGUCUAUCUUUGUCCUGCAUAUCUCUCUCUGCCCUUCUCUAUCCCUGUCCUCUCUCUCUAUUCCUGUCCUCCCUACCUACCGCCUGUACCUCCCUGUCCUUCCCUGGUGUCCGUCCUCUCUGUCCAGCCUUCUACAGCGCAGCUCCACUCACCUCAGCAGGCAUCAUUCCCAUCAUGCAGUCUCUGUGUCCCGACGGCCAGAGGGACGAGUUUGGCUUCCUGCAGUACAAGAACUCCACGUGAGUCAGACAGUCCCAGCUUUUUCUCUCUCUCUCUUUCUCCCUCUCCCUCUCUGUAUCUCUCUCUCUUUCUCUACCUCCCCAAUUAUGUUUCUCUCCUCUUUACGACAGGCAGCCUUUAGUUUAAUGCCACUAACCAUAUUGUCCUAACAGUGUUAAUGUCCAUAACACUUAACAGCAGGAUUGGAUGGUGGUCAUUACCUGUAAUUGUAUGCAUGUGAUUGAUUCAUCUCCUUCUGGUUAGUGUUUUGAUUUGUGGGCCUCUCCUAAUGGGAGGGGGCUGUCAUUGUGUCUUUACCUAUUACUAUACCCCACACCUCUCUCAAUACACUCUCCUCUCUUUUCGCUCUCUCUCUCUCUCUCUCUCUCGCUCUUCUCUCUCCCAUCUGUCUUCUCCCUCUCUCUUUGACCCUUCCUUUCACUCCCUCCACUCUCUUUCCACCUUUCUUUCCCUCACUCACCUCUAUUUCACCCCUCCUCUCCCCCCUCCCCUCCCCCAGUGUGACCCAGUUGUUGGAGCGGAUCCAUGAGGUGGUGUUGCAGAACCACCUGUUUACAGCAGACAGGCCAGGACUGGGCCAGGAGCUGGAGUCCCUACAGCAACACCUGGAGAGCCUCAGCACAUCCACAGGGUCCUCCCCACUGGACAACAACUUCAACACCAGCCAAGGUGUGUGUGUGUGUCACAUUUCUUUUUUAAAGGUUAUGACAGUUAUUUUAUUUCAUCCAUAACCGUCGGUUACACGGUUAAAUGGUGAUACAGCCCCAUGUGUGUGCGUGUUACAGUAAACCUGUAUCUCUGUGAUGCGUGAUUUGAAGGAGUCAGGCGCAGGAGGUUAAAUCACAGUAUACAGAGUUUAUUCCGUAAUACAGCGUUAACCAGUCCAGUGCGCAAAACAGGUGCACUGGAACAAACAGGCACACAGGGAAAAUACCCCAGCAAUACAAAAUACACUGGGCUCAACUGAGCUACUAUCUCCUCACAAUAAACAAUCACCCACAAAGACAAGGGGGCAGAGGGAACACUUAUACACGUACUAAUGAGGGGAUAUGAACCAGGUGUGUGUAAUAGACAAGACAAAACAAAUGGAAUGAUGAGAUAUGGAGCGGCAGUGGCUAGAAAGCCGGUGACGACGAACGCCGAAGCCUGCCCGAACAAGUCGUGACAGAACCCCCCCCACCUUGAAGCGCAGCUCCAGCAGCGCGCCGACACCGGCCUCGGGGACGGCCAGGAGAACGCAGAGCAGGGUGAGCCGGAUGGCGACGGUGGAAAUCCUGCAACAGAGAGGGAUCGAGGAUAUCCCUCACCGGGACCCUGCACCGUUCCUCCGGACCGUACCCCUCCCACUCCACGAGGUACUGAAGGCCCCCCACCCAACGCCUCAAAUCCAGGAUGGAAGGACGGAGUAUGCCGGGGCCCCCUCGAUGUCCAGAAGAGGCGGAGGGACCUCCCGCACCUCAGACUCCUGGAGCGGACCAGCCACCACCGGCUGGUCCGCUCUGAGGAGAGACACAUGAAACGAGGGGUUAAUGCGAUAAUCAUGGGGGAGUAAUAACCUAUAGGUAACCUCUUUGAUUCUCCUCAGGACUUUGAACGGCCCCACAAACCGCGGGCUCAGCUUCCGGCAGGGCAGGCGGAGGGGCAGAUUCCAGGUCGAGAGCCAGACCCGAUCACCCAGUAUGAAGACCAGGGCCUCACUGCGGUUGCGGUCAGCGUUGGCCUUCUGACGACGCACUGCGCGUUGGAGGUGGAAGUGAGCAGCGUCUCCUCCGCGCGCCGAAACCAGUCAUCCACCGCAGGAGCCUCAGUCUGGCUCUGAUGCCACGGUGCCAGAACCGGUUGGUAACCUAAAACACAUUGGAAUGGCGUUAGGUUAGUGUAGGAGUGACAGAGAGAGUUCUGGGCAUAUUCAGACCAUGGCAAGAACACCGACCACUCCCCCGGCCUGUCCUGGCAGUAGGACCGCAGGAACCUACCCACAUCCUGAUUUACCCGUUCCACCUGCCCAUUAGACUCUGGGUGGAAACCAGAGGUCAGGCUGACCGAGACCCCCAGAUGUUCCAUGAAUGCCUUCCAGACCUUGGAUGUGAACUGGGGACCCCAGUCAGACACUAUAUCCUCUGGUAUCCCGUAGUGCCGGAAGACGUGUGUAAACAGGGCCUCCGCAGUUUGCAGGGCCGUGGGGAGACCGGGCAGAGGAAGGAGGCGGCAGGUCUUGGAAAAGCGGUCCACAACGACCAGGAUGGUGGUGUUACCUUGAUAGAGGGGAAGAUUGGUAAGGAAAUCAACACUCAGGUGAGACCAUGGUCGUUGUGGAACUGGUAAAGGCUGUAACCUACCCGAUGGGAGGUUCCUAGGUGCCUUACUCUGGGCGCGCACCGAGCAGGAAGAGACAUACACCCUCACGUCCUUAGCCAAGGUAGGCCACCAGUACUUUCCGGUCAGGCAGCGCACUGUACGAUCGAUACCUGGGUGACCAGAAGAGGGUGACAUGUGUGCCCAGUAGAUCAGCCGGUCACGGAUAAGAGCAGGCACAUACUGCAGCCCAGCUGGACACUGAGGUGGAGAUGGCUCUGUGCGUAACGCCUGCUCUAUAUCCACGUCCAUCGCCCAUACUACCUGGCGCCACUAUGCAGGAGGCCGGGAGUAUGGGGGUGUUGUCUCUGGGCCUCUCCUCUGUGUCAUACAGCCGUGACAAUGCAUCUGCCUUCACGUUCUUCGUACCCGGGAUGUAUGAUAGUGUGAAAUCAAACCGGGUGAAGAAUAGGGCCCACCUGGCCUGGCGAGGAUUCAGCCUCCUCGCUGCCCGGAUGUACUCCAGGUUACAGUGGUCCGUCCAGACGAGGAAAGGGUGUUUCGCCCCUUUGAGCCAAUGCCUCCACACGGUCAGGGCUCGGACAACAGCCAACAGCUCCCAAUCACCAACGUCGUAGUUCUGCUCCACCGUGCUGAGCUUCUUGGAGAAGAAGGCACAGGGGUGGAGCUUGGGUGGCUUGCCUGAGCGUUGAGAUAGGACAGCGCCUAUCCCUACCUCGGACGCAUCCACCUCCACUACGAACGGUAGUGAUGGAUCAGGGUGGGCCAGUACCGGGGCUGAGGUGAACAGACCCCUCAAGUUACUGAAGGCCCUGUCAGCCUCAGCAGUCAGUUUGUGGGUAUCUAUCUUAAUUUCAUGAGUUUAUUUUUGUACCCAGCACCUGCAAGUUAUUGGAUGUACAUACACUGCAUUUGAUUCUGUUCUGUGCGAUAUCUAUUGGAGAAGCAGUUCCUGGCCCGGGUAUCCUGGAUGGAUAUUGACCUCAUUCCGUCAGUAGAGGAUGCCUGGUUGUUCUUUAAAAGUGCUUUCCUCUCCAUCUUAAAUAAACAUGCCCCAUUCAAAAAAUGCAGAACUAAGAACAGAUAUAGCCCCUGGUUCACCCCAGACUUGACUUCCCUUGACCAGCACAAAAACAUCCUGUGGGGUACUGCAUUAGCAUCGAACAGCCCCCGCGAUAUGCAACUUUUCAGGGAAGUCAGGAACCAAUAUACACAAUCUGUAGCACUAACUCCAAAAAGUUUUGGGACACUGUAAAGUCCAUGGAGAAUAAGAGCACCUCCUCCCAGCUGCCCACUGCACUGAGGCUAGGAAACACUGUCACCACCGAUAAAUCAAGAAUUUCAAUAAGCAUUUUGCUACGGCUGGCCAUGCUUUCCACCUGGCUACCCCUACCCCUGCCACCAGCUCUGCUCAUGCUGCCAAACAUGCCCUCGUAAAACUGACUAUCCUACCGAUGCUUGACUUCGGCGAUGUCAUUUACAAAAUAGCCGCCAACACUCUACUCAGCAAAUUGGAUGUAGUAUAUCAUAGUGCCAUCCAUUUUGUCACCAAAGCCCCAUAUACCUUCCUCCAUUGUGACCUGUACGCUCUCGUUGGCUGGCCCUCACUACAUAUUCAUCGCCAAACCCACUGGCUCCAGGUCAUCUAUAAAUCACUGCUAGGCAAAUCCCCGCCUUAUCUUAGCUCAUUGGUCACCAUAGCAACACCCACCCGUAGUAUGCGCUCCAGCAGGUAUAUCUCACUGGUUAUCCCCAAAGCCAACACCUCCUUUGGCCGCCAUUCCUCCCAGUUCUCUGCUGCUAAUGACUGGAACAAACUGCAAAAAUCUCUGAAGCUGGAGACGCUUAUCUCCCUCACUAACUUUAAGCAUCAGUUGUCAGAGCAGCUUACCGAUCACUGCACCUGUACACAGCCCAUCUGUAAUUAGCCCACCCAACUACCUCAUCCCAAUAUUGUUAUUUAUUUUGCUCAUUUGCACCCCAGUAUCUCUAUUUGCACAUUUUCUUCUGCACAUCUAUCACUCCAGUGUGAAUACUAAAUUGUAAUUAUUUUGCAUUAUUUCCUAUUUAUUGCCUUACCUCCAUAACUUACUACAUUUGCACACACUGUAUAUAGAUUUUCUAUUGUGUUAUUGACUGUAUGUUUUGUUUUAUCCCAUGUGUAACUCUGUGUUGUUGUUGUUUUUAUUGCACUGCUUUGCUUUAUCUUGGCCAGGUCGCAGUUAUAAAUGAGAACUUGUUCUCAACUGGCUUACCUGGUUAAAUAAAGGUGAAAUAAAAAAUUUAAAAAAUGUAGAUUAUCUGUGGUUGUGCUGUGUGAUUCUAUCCCUGCAGGGUUCACAGUAGCUAGUGUGUUGAAGAACCAGUCAGGGUUCCAUCAGUUCCUGGUCAGGAAUCUGUCCCUCCCCAACGACACCGCCAGCCUGCUUCUCUCCACUCCUGUCAACCUCAAAGAGGUCUGUGUUCCUGUCACAUGCUCGCACACACACACACACACACACACACACACACACACACACACACACACACACACACACACACACACAUACACACACAUUGUACCUCCCUAGUCCUCAUCUACCCCUGGGGAGUGUUUUGAUUAUAGGCUAAUGCAGAGUUUAAAUUCAAAUGUUGUGACAUGACUGAUGAACAAGGAAGUAAGAAACAAUGUUAGUAUAGACUGCCAAAUCUGAAAUCUUGGCUAUUGGGUAUAUUUACUUUUAAAUAACACAAUUUUGACAUCUAAAUUUGAAUAUACACCCGUUUGCCAAGAUUUCAGAUUUGGCAAAGACUUAUUGUCAUUGAGGAGUGACAUUGAAUCAUACCGUAUCAAUAUAUGGCUCAGUGCCUCCCACCUUUCUGUUUCCCUCCAUCUCUGUCUCAGUUCAUUGUCUAGGCCUUCUCCAGUCACUCACUUUCUCUCUGUCCCUCCAUGUUUCUCUUCAUUAUCCUGUCUUUCUGACAGCUUUCCCUAUGAGAAAAAACACUGAAAGCCUGUCUGCCACCUGUGUGUGUGUGUGUGUGUGUGUGUGUGUGCGUUUAUCUUCCUGUUCUCUGAGUGUGUGGGUCCUCUCUUUCCCCUGCUGAACUGUAGGUCUUCAACCUGAUAUUUGGCCUGUACCCCAGAACUGGAGGGGGGAAUAGUCACAGUUCUGGAGGGGAAAAAGAGACUGCACACACACCUGCAGAGAAGAUCCUUCAACUGGAGGUAGGCUACUAAUGGAAAAUAUUGAAUUGAAUUGAUCUGAUUCUGUGUAUUAGUUCAGCAGUAAUCCCCUCCUUUCCUCCCCUCAGGAGAAGCUGCUAGGAGCCAUGCAUAGUCUGGAUGGUGGACUGAUCCACAAAGCUUUAAUAGACCCAACCAAAGCAGUUCAUCGGCAGGCCCUGCUCAAACUCAUGUCCCAGGCUUUAGGCCUAGCAGGAGGAGGGGCAGGCCAGAGAUACGACCCCCAGGGACUGAAGGAGGUGGAGGUACACUGCCUAUCUUAUAUAUCCUCCUCUAUCUGAAUCAUCCCCCAUUUCUUUCCUCCUUCCUCCUGUCUUUUUUUCUAUUGAAUCAAUAGCCUUUAUCGUACAGGACUACCAUUGAAAUAAUUGAUACCACACUUGAUGAUGAUGAUGAUGAUGAUGAAUUGUGUUGUAUGUGCUGUUGAUUGUUUGUUUGUUUUUUCAAAGGGUGUUCUCCUGACUGGUGCCAUGUUGGAAAUGCUUACCUGUGGGGAGGACGGGACUGGUGAGCUGAGCAAGAUCCUAUUGGUUCCUGAGAAGCAGCAGUCCCUGCUCCAGGCCUAUCGCAGCUCAGUGUGUGGUGGUGGGGCGGGACAAAGGACUGAGCGCUUUGGAGAGAUGAGCCAGGAGCUGCGAGAGCAGAUAGACACACAGAGCCUUAUUGACAAGGUACAUUAGAGACAAUCGCUUCGUCCAAAAUGGCACCCUAUUCCCUAUUCAGUGCACUAAUUUUGACCAGGGCCCAUAAUAAAAAAGUAGUGCACUAUAUAGGAAAUAGGGUGCCAUUUUGGACGCACUCAAUGGCUGCUUUGAACUGAGAAUCCCUGUGGUGACGUGCUUUUCCCGCAUCAAACACACAUAAAUAAAUACUGUGGAUUUGUGUUUGGAAUGGCAGACAUUCUAUGGCUCCUCAGUAUAUAUCUCAGUUUCAAUCUCAGAUAGUAUCUAUCUCAGUAUAUACUGUAUAUCAGUAUCUAUCAAUAUAUACUGUAUCUCAGUAUCUAUCUCAGUAUAUACUGAAUCUCAGUAUCUAUCUCAGUAUCUAUCUAAGUAUAUACUGUAUCUCAGUAUCUAUCUCAGUAUAUACUGUAUCUCAGUAUCUAUCUCAGUAUCGAUCCCAGUAUAUACUGUAUCUCAGUAUCUAUCUCAGUAUCUAUCUCUAAUACUCUCAUUAUUCUCUCUCCCUUUGAUUCUUCUCCACAUCUGUCUCUUUUUUCUCUUUCUCUCACUCUCUCAUUCUCUCCCCCUUUCUUCUGUCUCCACACCUCUCGGCCUUCUCUCUCCAGCUGCAUCUGGCGCAAGCCAACUCCUCGGCCCCUCUAUCCCAGUCCCACCUGGGUGCUCUGCUGAAGGACUUGGCUGACGUGGAGAGGCUCCUCAGGGAUGUAGACCUGCUGUCAGGCCUGGCUCGCCUGCUCCCCAAGGGGGCCUGUGCCGGCCACGCCCCCCCCGGGGCUCUAGCCAACACCACCACUUCCUGGUCCCUCAAUGCCACCACCUGGGGGCCCAAUACCACCGAGAACCCCUGGGGGGAGGGCGGAGAGGAGGAGGGGGGAGGAAGAGAAAAAGAGGAAGUGAAAGAAGAAGAGAACCCUCGCUCGCAGUUUUCUGCCUUUGUGCAGCUGUGGGCAGGGCUGCAGCCUAUUCUGUGUGGGAACAACAGGUUUGUGUCUAUGUAAUAGAAUCAUUCCUAUGCCAUUGUUCUUUAACUGGAGAUCCAAUAGCCUGAGUGCUAGUUUGUUUGUGCUAUCAUGCCAAUUCCCUGUCACCCACUGUCAUGACAGCAUGGACUUGCUUGAGCACAAACAGAUCUGGAACCAGGCUGGAGAUCUACAGGGUGUGCAGGCUUAUGUCCCAGCCAUAUAAUAACACACCUGAUUAAACUAAUCAAGGGCUUGAUGUUUUAAAUUGAUAAGAUGCAUCAGGACCAGGCUAGAGAAACACUGUGCUGUAAACCUAUGCUGUAAAGGCUGAAGUUGUUGAUCCCUAUCUACUGUCUCCAGGAUCAUUGAGCCAGAGGCUUUAAAGCAGGGGAAUAUGAGCUCUCUGGGCUUUACCAGUAAAGAGCAGCGCAAUCUGGGCUUACUAGUGCACCUGAUGACUACAAAUCCCAAGAUCCUCUACUCUCCCAUUGGCUCACAGGUGGACAAAGUCAUUCAGAAGGCAAGUACAUGAUCAUGUUCUUUCAGGCUCUGUCGUCUGUAUCAUUAUAGUGUAUGUAGUGUACAUGUACACAGUGACUUGUGCCUAUACAGUGUCCUGUAAUGGAGUUAUUCAGAUGUCAUUUUUGCAUUGCUUGGUGAAACAUGAGCAGACUAUAGAGCUAUGUACACUGCUGCCCAGGCAUCGUCUAUAUUAAUUUGAUAAAGUACUAGGAAAACAACUUGGAAAUGCUUACGUACACAAGAUGCCAAGACUAAACUGAGGAUUGCCGGUGCUCCAAUUUUUUUUUUAUUUAUACUGCCUAGCUGUUGUCAGACACUUUGAGACUCAACGUAUUAUUGAGAACAUGUUGGGAAUUCAGUAGGAGCCCCAUGGUAAUUUGUAUCCCAGCCUUACACAUUAAUCAUGUAGCUACAUGUUCUGUACAUCGGUUAAGGGCAAGAUGUGUAGGAAGUCAAUGUGUUGCUAGAUGAAUCAUGCCAUCCUCAGUCCCCGGAGGUCUCACUAAACCACAACAUAUGCAGAACUGGCCAUUGAUUCUGUUUCUCUGUACAUCCCACUAGUUACUAAUGGCUUGUUAUUGGCAGAUGGUCUAUAGCUAGAUUUGUUAUCUUAGCAAGAGGACUGGAGGAGGGAGGGAGGUUGAGAAAUGAACAAAACUAGAGAAGGAGGGAGGCAGAAAAUGGAGGGAAGGGCCACAUAAAGGACUCAACAGAAAAGGACAGUUGAAAGGAUGUGGAUAGAGUAGCUAGAGACAUUAAUGGGACUAGAGACAUUAAUGGGACUGGGAUAGCUCUGGUCCAGGAUGUGGCUUACUGACACUGAGAAGCCUCAGCACCAGCAAUCUGCACGUAACACCCUGGACCAGAGCUAGGACUGGGAUAGCUUCUUCUGUGUCGGUGACAUGUGGCUCUGCUUCUGUGUGAAGGCCAAUGAGACGUUUGCGUUUGUGGGGAACGUGACUCACUACGCCCGGGUGUGGCUCAACAUCUCUGCCCAGCUCAGGACCUACCUGGAGGAGGGCAAGCUGCACCACCACCUGGCCUGGUUGCAGCAGGUAACACACAGCUUUUAUAUUUCUUCAUAUACAGUAACAGGCACUAUUUACCUCACCUCAUAAGGUAAUGUUGUCUGAUAAAUGGCAUAAGAUUUAACUGGCAAUCUUGAAAAAAUGUUUUGUCCCCCACACAGUACAUUAAUACAGUUCAUAUCUUGCCUGAUAAGCCCAUAUGUACACUGUAACAUAAACACAUACACACUACUGGACAAUAAGCCCAUGGAUAUGCCUACCUGUGUACUAACUCCUUAUGUAUUCCUCUUCCUAGUUGACCUCUGACCUACGUGGUCACCCGGAGCUGCUGAAUGGGACAGACAGUGAUCUGCUGCGUGGGCUGCUGGAGGGCAACUACACCCUGCCCAACACCUCCACCCUGCUGCAGCAGCUGGACACCAUCGACAACGCCGCCUGCGGCUGGACACACUUCAUGUCCAAGGUCAGUAUAAAACUAGAAUGAGAAAGAAAGAAAGAAACACACAAACACACAAAAAAACAGAGAUGAAUAGUACAUCUAGUAGUAGUAGCCUGGUUGGAAAGUUCAGAGCGUCCAAGGUCACUAUCAAUUACAUGAGAGCUUUAUAUGAUUCUGGUGGGCGUUCUGAUUCAGACUGACACAGGAAGAGCAGUGGAACUUGAGUACUGUAUAUUGAUCUGGCCACAGACAGCAGGCGUGCAGUAAUAUGAGCACUGAUAAUCCGCUCUGAACAGGAUGCAAAGCUCCAUUCAAUAGUCCCAGGAUUCAUCCCAAAUGGCACCCUAUUCCAUAUAUAGUGCACUACUUUUGACCAGAGCCCAGGGCAGGGACUAUUAUUACCAGUGUUGCCGAUAUAGACGUUUCCUGUGCUCUUGGCGGUUGGCACUGCACUGUGGCUGCCAUCUGCUCCAACCCUUCUAACCUGUGUGUGUUUGUGGGUCUUUCGGAGGGGUUGAGAUCAAGGCAGAAGACAAUUUUCCAUUGACUGCAAGGAAAAUGGAUCAAUAAAGUAUUAUUCUUCUUGUUCCAGGUCAGUGUGGAUAUCUUCAAGGGUUUUCCGGAUGAGGACAGCAUCGUCAACUACACACUGAACCAAGCUUACCAUGAUAACAUCUCAGUGUUUGCCAGUGAGUACACUAACCACUGCAGUGGACAGACUACUUGAUUUAAUCAUAAGAAAGGAUAGGAUAUGACAACUUUAGUGUCCAUUACAUUAUCACAAAAUGGAAAUGUGUCUUUGGCACUCGAUCAGGCUUUACAGUAAAAACAGAUAAUGGCUAAUGGCCAGGCCCAGGUAGCCAGAUGGAUAUGACUGAAAGGGCAGCAGCUGUGGCAUGCAGCUAGCCUCCAAUCGGAAUAGACUUCAUAUUAUGAGGAAAUCAUGUAAAAUAUAUAUUGUACAUAAUGUCCCCCUCCCUUUCGACCAGGUGUGAUAUUCCAGACCAACAUAGAUGGCUCCCUGCCUCCUCAUGUCCUCUAUAAGAUCAGACAGAACUCUAGUUUCACAGAGAAAACCAACGAGAUCCGCCGGGCCUACUGGCGCCCGGGGCCCAACACGGGGGGAAAGUUCUACUUCCUCUACGGCUUUGUGUGGAUCCAGGGUACGUGACCAGAAUCCUCCAUCUUGUCUACGGAAGUGUUGUAAAUGUAGACUGAAAUGUUGUCAACUCUAGCCAACUCUAGCCAAGUUUAGCCAACUGUAGCUAACUUGAGCCAACUUUAGCCAACUCUAGACAAUUAUAUCCAAUUCUAUCCAAUUCUAUCCAACUCUAGACAGCUCUAGCCAUUAUCAUCAGCAUCAUAGCCACAAAGGCAUUAAAGGGAUACUUCGGGAUUUUGGCACUAUAUCUACUUAUUUCUCUCUGUGUCCAGUAUGAAGGAAGUUAGAGGUAGUUUCGCGAGCCAAUGCUAACUAGUGUUAGCACAAUGACUGGAAGUCUAUGGGUAUCUGCUAGCAUGCCAAAAUCACAAAGUACCCCUUUAACCAAAGCAGAAUAGAUUGGCACCCUGGCUAUAUCAAAUUAAUUCAAAUGAAGAACACUGUUGGCUCUAAUUAGUGUUUUAUACAGAAUUUUAAUGCUGGUAUGGCAUUUCCAAAUGUUGUUGUGUCGUUGGUAUGUUUCUCAUUCCUCUUGCUUAGUAGUAAUGAAGACGUCUCAAAACUCAAAGCUGUACUUGUUGUUUCAGCGUUAUCUGCCGAAGGCAACACUAUAAAUAGGCUAUACAUAGACUAAAGACUAUAGACUAUAUAUCACAUGCCAAACGCACGUUCACGGAGGACACAAUUGUUAUGUCAAACUUAUUUUUUGCUGUUGUUUUAUUAAGAUAAGGAUUUAUUGGGGUAAACUGCUUACCCUAGUGAUCCUGAGGUUGGCACACCUGUGUGGGUACCAACGCCAAGCUGCAGAUCCAGCACUUUCUCUCUGUAUGUUUAGGGGAAAACCUGAUGGGAAGGCUUACUCACUAAGGUGUAGAGUGGCCCUGUCAUCUCUGCUGCAUCUCUGCUGUGUGUGUGUGUGUGUGUGUCGGCAUGCGUGUUUGCAUGCCUGCAUGCGUGUGUCCUCAGAUAUGAUGGAGAGAGCCAUCAUUAACACGUUUGUGGGCCAUGACGUGGUGGAGCCUGGCAACUAUGUUCAGAUGUUCCCUUACCCCUGCUACACCAGAGACGAGUAA